CUUCUGAGGGAAGAACGAAGAAUACACAAUCAGCAUUGAGCAAGGGAUUAAAAGAUAGCGUACGUUAACGUUGGUCGAGUAGAGUGAUCAGACUUCUUCAAGUACGUACUUUCAAGCAUUUCUUGCAACCAAAAUUUGUAGGAAAAGGAACUUGAGGGAUGGCAAAGACGGACAGUCCUGCAACCGCAGACAAUGAUUCCACUAAAAAAGAAGGACCUGAUCGAUGCAAAGAGCUGACCAUCCACAUUCGUAACAUUCCACCGGCACCAGAGCCUCGUUGGCCUGGGUGCUGUAUCUACAGGGUUCCCAAGAGACUUCGCGAGGUAAAAAAAAAGGCCUACACCCCUCGGUUGGUUUCUAUCGGCCCUUUUCAUCUCUGCAUGAGAAAAGAGUUGAAGGACAUGGAGAACCAAAAACUCAGAUAUUUUACGGAUUUCUGUAAUCGUACUCGGAAGAGCGCCGAGGAACUUGCAUGCAAUAUCAUCAUGCCCAAUGAAAUGAAAAUCCGCCAUUGCUAUUCAGAGAACUUUCGACUCGGCAGUAAAGAGUUUGUAACGAUGAUUCUACUAGAUGCAAUCUUUAUACUUGAGCUCUUUUGUAGGAAAUAUGAAAAAUCAAUGGCUCAUGAUGAAAAAGAUUCUCAAAACUCGAAGGCUCAUGAAAAUGAUUAUAUAUUUAGCCAACCGUGCAUGGAACGCGGCAUACAGCAUGACCUGCUUCUACUUGAGAAUCAGCUUCCUUUCUUUAUUCUUGAGGAGUUAUACUGUAAUGUUGAGCUGAAUGUAUGCCACCAAAAUGGGGAACCCAAUACAAAAAAACCGACUCUUCUUGACCUCUCUUAUGGGUUUUUUGGUGAUCUCUAUGAACAUUGGAAGCCAAAGCCCAAGAAGUCAUGUGAUCAUGUAAAGCAGUACUGUUUCACAGCUCCAAUGGGAUGUUGUUGCCCUCGACAAGAAGACCCAAAACCAAGCUCACCAGAGCCCAAAGUACCCCUGCAUUUCACAGAUUUGGUGAGAUAUUUUUUCUGUCCGCCAACAGAAGACGGGCAAAAUUCCAAGAAGUGUGGUCAUGUAAAGGGGUGUUUCCCAGAUUGGAUGGGAUGUUGUUGCCAUCCAAAACCAAGCUCACGAGAGCCCGAACCCGAACCCAAGCAUUGCACAGAUUUGGUGAAAAGAACUAAACCCCUAUAUACUGCAACAAAGCUUGACGAGGCAGGGUUGAAAAUCGCUAGGCCAGAUUCAGAAAGACAUUUACUUCAAAUACAAUUUCGGGAGAAGAAUUGCGAAUGCUUAAUAAAACGCUGCCCGGUGCUCAAUCUCUCAUGGCUCUUGUCAUGCUUACCAUGCCUGAAAAGCACUUGCUUGGUGCAUAUGCAACGUUUCUUGGAAGUCCCACCCCUUCGGGUAGACGACAAAACUGAAGGUCUUUUCCGAAACCUGAUGGCUUUGGAGCAGUGCCAUUAUCCUUCUGAAACUUACAUUUGCGAUUACAUUGUGCUGUUGGAUGAUCUUAUCACAACUAAAGCAGAUGUAAGGUUGCUUGUUGAAAAGAAGAUCAUUGUUAACGAGUUAGGUUCUAGCACUGCAGUGACGAAACUCUUUAACAACCUCGGCCUGGAGAUUGAAGAAAGUGGAUCCCAUUACGUCAAGCUCUGUGAAAAGCUUAAUGAGUACUACGAGAGCAAUCGGAAUCGUCUGUUGGGAACCUUGGCUCGUGUGUAUUUCUCUGACUUUUUUAAAGGCACUGCUACUGUUGCUGGAAUUAUUGUAUUGGUUUUGACUUUGUGGAAUUUCCAGAGGCUCCUUAGGCUUAGAUGGAGUGCUGGCAAGUACUAGAUUUGAAGCAUCUGUAGUGUUUGAUGGACUGGGUUUUUCUAAACAUUUUUAUUUUGGAAGUUUAUGGCUUUGUUUUAGCAUCGAUCGAUCAGUGGAGAGUCUUUGUCUGUCUGUCUGUAUUGCAGCAA